AUGGAGUUUGGGAGGUUUCUUUUCAAGUACCAAAGAACUUUGCUGCUCACCAUGAUAAUGUUCAAACUGGGUAGGACUUUUGAUCAACUACUAGGUGUAUGAAUACUAGAAUACUCUAUGUGUUGUUUUGAGUGUGAAUAAUGAGAAGUGUGUGUGCACUUGUAUGUGUGAGUAUUAAUGGGGAAAAUAGUGAUGUGAAAAUGUGUGUGUGUGUGUGUAUAUGGGUGUGUGUGUGUGUGCGUGUGUGUGUGUGUCUGUUUGUGUUUGUGUGUGUGUGUGUGUGUGUGUAGGAGAUAGGGACAGUGCUGUAAUAGGGCAUUAGCAAGGUGGGAGGAUGUUACAGGAAGACAAGCGGUAGUAGCCAGCUGGCAGACAGGUUGUUGUAGUUGGUGUUAAUCUGAGUGCAGUCUCCCUUCAAUAAGUUAUUUAUUAUUUAAUUAUACGGCUGGUCCCAUUUAGACAUCUCUUUAAGAGAACCAAGAGAGACUUGCCCGAAGAAGAGAGCUAUCAAACAUUUGUUACAUAUAAUACAUAAAACAAGAAUUGUGGUAAAAUUAUGUCACUAUAAUUUAUCAGCCAUUACUAUGUAAGACACUAUAAGAUAUAAUUGGCUUGAGCGCUUAUCAUUAAUUUAAUUCAUAGUUCACAAUGAACUAACAUGGUGAGAUAAUUGGCUUUUGUUAUUAAUCCCUGAUAACCCAUGUCUUCUAUGAUAGGAGCAUUAAGACUAGUAGAGAGAUGAAGACAGGAGGGAGCGUGGGGUGGGAUUGGGGUGCCGUUGGUUGGGGGAUAUUUUGAACCCCACCUAAUGAUGCGUUGACCCAUUUUUCCUGUGGCCCUGUGGGAAGCGUCUGAACCUCGUUAAUUUGGACAGACUGACAGGACGGGACGGCUAGAGCGGAUUGCAUGCAGGGGCCAUUGUUACCCAUCACCAUGGUGACGGGCUAAGAGUCUGGCCGCACCACUUUUUGUCUAAACUAUGAAUGGAGAGAGAGGCAAGUGUUCGGAGAAGUGUGGAAAAACAAACAGUAUAUUUAGAUUUUAUGGCUGAUGGAAAAAUAUCUACAAUAUUGAAUCAACCAUAUAAAAUACUAUCUUGACAACAAUAUGGCUCCUUCAAUGUUAAACCCACACGAAACACAAACGUUUAAAUCUCUGACUAACAUCACAGGAUAACUGUGACUAAACAUGUGAGAAUUUGUGCUUUUUAAAGCAAAGUGAAUCACCACAGUGAAGCCUUUUGAGUAUGAAUACAGUUUUGGACAAAGCACAACACUGGCAUGGCUUGGCUGGCAGUCCCCUGUGGUGACCAAAUAGAAUUCCUCUAACUAGAAUUUGUGUUAGAGCCAGGAGCGUCCUCUCACAUUAGUCAUGGCAUCAUUGGUCCACACCCCAUAGUGUGGGUUUCAAUUGACAUUUGACUUGGAGUUUAUGUAAAGGUUAUGUUUGGGUAACUAUUGUUGGUAAUUGUUAUCAUGGGGCAGGGUAAAAAAGUGCUAAAGUAUAAUAUCUAAUAAUCAUCUCUUAUCUUCCUGCUGCGUUCUCCCACACUGUUAGAGGGAUGCUCUGACAGACUCACUCUAGAGUUGAGGCUGGGAAGUUAGGAUGGUCCCAUGACAAGUACCUGACUCUGCUCUGUGUUUAUCUUGAUUCCUGGGGGUCAAGUGCUUGGUGCAGUGCAGUGCCAGAGAACAGCGUCGUAAUCUACCCAUAACCAUGAUCUAUGAACUGUUUGACUUGGGAGGCAGCAGUGACAUCAGCACAUUGGAAUGUUUCAGGGAUGACUGGUCUGGCUGCAGCAGGAUAGACCAGUCAGAGACGCCGACUGUCUCAGCCAAUCACCACCCCCCACACUACUACUAGUCUGAUAUGGGGUCCAGGUUGUACCAGCUACACUACACUACUUAAUCAUCUUUGGGUCUUAUAAAAGCGCUAUAUACACUGAGUGUACAAAACAUUAGGAACACCUUUCUAAUAUUGAGUUGCAACCCCUUUUGCCUUCAGAACAGCCUCAAUUCGUUGGGGAAUGGACUCUACAAGGUGUUGAAAGCAUUCCACAGAGAUGCUGGCCCAUGUUGACUACAAUGCGUUCCACGGUUGUGUCAAGUUGACUGGAUCUCCUUUGGGUUGGUGGACCAUUCUUGAUCCACACAGGAAACUGUUGAGCAUGAAAAACCCAGCAGUGUUGCAGUUCUUGACACACUCAAACUGGUGUGCUUGGCAUACCCAUACCAUACCCUGUUCAAAGGCACUUACAUCUUUUGUCUUGCCCUCUGAAUGGCACACAUACACAAUCCAUGUCUCAACUGUCUCAAGGCUUAAAAUCCUUCUUUAACCUGUCCCCUCCCCUUCAUCUACACUGGUUGAAGCGGAUUUAACAAGUGACAUCAAUAAGGGAUCAUAGCUUUCACCUGGAUUCACCUGGCCAGUCUAUGUCAUGGAAAGAGCAGGUGUUCUUAAUGUUUUGUAUACUCAGUGUAUAUACGAUUUUGGCUUACUGACACACUCCUCUUCCCCCAGGUCUCACUAACGGCACCUUUGAAAGCAAUGCUCUGCAGUUCACUGCUAAUGGCUCGCUAGUUGCCUCGGUGACCAGUGUCUGUUCCUAAUGUUUUGUACACUCAGUGCAAUCCUAUGCAUUAUGAUUAUGUCUGGAGCAUGUUUAACACACUAAUAUAAAGGGAACAGAAAACCAGAUCCAUUACACCAUGAGUUAAGGGAAGCUUGUGAGUUGAUGGGUUGAGAGUAGGAGGAACUGACGAAACUGGGGGUCGAAACCAACGUUCCAGUGUGUCUGGGGUAUCAGGGCAUUAGUGGAGAACAGGGAAGGUGUUUCGAAUAGACAGAUUACAGCAGGGGAAGCAGACUGACUGACAACAAGUAGACUGUGACACACUACCUUACAGUAGGACAUUAUCAGUGGUCAGUGGUCUCCAACCCUUGUCAUGGAGAGCAACAAGUUGUGCUGGCUUUUGUCAAUAAUCAUAAACCUGAUCACACACAACUAAUCUAUGUGAUGAUCAGUUGAUUUAUUUAAUCAGGUGCUGAACUGGAUCAACAUCCUGCCCACCCUGCAGCUCUUCAGCACUAUGGGUGGUCACAUUAUAGUAACAGGUGUAGGUGUUAGGGUUAACAUGAAGGUACCAGAUAGGUGUUAGUGGUGACACAGGAGGGAUAUAGACGUGCUAAAGGGGUACAGUAGGUGUUACUGUGGAUAGAGGGACAGGUGUUUUAUAAGGAGGGGUGACUAACAACCCACUGGGCAUACACUGGUUGAAUCAAUGUUGUUUCCACAUCAUUUCAACUAAAUUACGUUGAGCCAAUGUGGAAUUGACGUUGAAUUGACGUCUGUGCCCAGUGGGAAGGGACAGAGAAAUAUUCACAAUGUGACCUGCCCUUUAAGAUAAGCUGUGAGUGACUCUAGUACGGAAAGAACUCUCAUGUAAACACAUGUUAAAAAUCCCUGCUAAUGCACUUUGUUAAAUACAGUAUCAACAAUACCAGUAUAUUGAAUAACUCUGAUAAGCCAGAAGCUAUACAUCUGUGUUCAUUAGGUCGAUACUUUAGUAAUCUAAUCAAAUCAGGAUUUAAGACAACAUACACAUUCCAUAAAUGUAAUUAUGUUUUCAAUAGGAACACAUUAUGAGGACACACACAGCAUUUACAUUUGACAUUUUAGUCAUUUAGCAGACGCUUUUAUCCAGAGCAAUUUACAGUUAGUGCAUUCAUCUUAAGAUAGCUAGGCGAGACAAGCACAUAUCAGUGCUAGUAGGGGGGUGGGAUGCGAGGGGGAGGGGUGAUGUAGGAUUAUUUAAGAUACUCUUUGAAGAGGUAGGGUUUCAGAUGUUUUCGGAAGAUGGUCAGGGACUCUGCUGUCCUAGCUUCAGGGGGAAGCUGGUUCCACCAUUGGGGUGCCAGGACAGAGAAGAGCUUUGACUGGGCUGAGCGGGAGCUGCCCUCCCGUAGGGGUAGGAGGGCCAAACGACCAGAGGAGUACUUGGGUUGAGGUGUAGGGUUUGAUUAUAGCCUGAAGGUAGGGAGGGGCAGUUCCACAGUUUUGUCCCCUUCAUAUUCAAAUAUUUUAGCACUGUAAGCUUAUUAUUUUCCAUAAAGGAAAUUCUGCAACAAAAGUGUUUGCUAUGUCCUCAACAACUAUAGCGGAAAAUCGAACCAGGGUCAAACAGUCUGUGAUUAUUAAACUAGUGAAUGACAACCUGAUGCAGUGUGUAUUACGAUGGCCCAUGCGGUCAGGCCCAAGUCAGAGUAGUAGUGGUCAGAGUGAAGGGAACUUUCAUUGAUGAAGUCUCAGGUAACAGCUGCUCACACAGUGAUUGUCUAAUACGUUUACUCCUAACACCAUCUGCUGUGUUCACUCUAGAAAGUGGGGCUUUUUACUCUUCAUUAAGAGAGUGCUCUGUAAGCGCCUCAAAAGCUGAGACAAAGGGAGAGGUCAAAGGUACUGUAGCUCAUUAGUCUACUAAUGAGCUCGUAGGAUGUCACGCCUAUAAAAACUCUCAUUGCUAAUACUUGGUCAUCUCGUUGGCAAUGUUCCCUCAACAUUUUUUUGGCACUGAGCAAAUUUCAGGUCUGCUGAGCGCAAACUUGAACGUUGUGAAAAUUCUGUGCAACUUCUGGCGCAUGUUUAUUGUGAACACUGAGGCUGUACACACUUUAAGGUACAGUUAUAACAGUGGCCAAGUAGGCUGCUGUGGCUAUUUGAUCAUAAUGUAGGCCUAUCAGAGUGGUCUACCAUCAAAAACAAUGGAGAAAAAGCAUCCCAUAACAUUUUAACAUGGAAAUACUGCAGCUGUUCUAUCAUUCAGCCUACAGUAGCAGCCAAUGAGUGGUGUUCAAUCUAGACGUGAGACAUUUGGAAAAAAUAUACAGGGCUUGACAUUAACCUGUUUAUCCACUUGUCCUUCAGACAAGGAGGUGACUGAAAAUAUGCUGUUUGAUGCAAGAAACCACUUUACAAAAUAAAGUUAAUUAUUAUUCCCAUACCAAUAUUACAGAGAAUCAGACACAUUAUGCUACUCUCUGCCUAUUGGCUACAUAGCUUUUGCAAGCCUGUCUCAAAAUACAACACUUCCCCUUUAACACAGAUACAAUGCUCUUUACCUGACUCACUUUUUAUAGAUGGCUAGAAAUGCACACGUUUUGUGCUAUUGUAGGAAGCAACCACUCCCCCAUUUCUGACUAGAAACAAGCUAUAACUGGGCUAAUAACUCACUAACUAGCAAAGCAUAUGAACAAAUGUGCACACGUGGCUACAUGCAGCUCUUGCUUUGAUCUCAAAACAAGUGCAUCUACUCGGGACCACUCAUGCUGUGAACACAGUCCAGUUCAAAGUGAAUGGCACAGAUCCAUAUAUGGCAGGGGAAAACUAGAAAGUUGAGUGAAGUUCAAUCUUGUGCUUCUCUGCUGGGGCUGAUAUUUCUUCUGCACUGCAGUCCCAGGGGAGCUGCGCGCCCGCAAGUGCGCAGCUUAGAGGGAACAUUGCUCACUGGUAAUUCUUUACCAGUGUAAUAGACUGGUCUUAAUACUUUACCAGACUUUACCAGUGAUUAUCUCACAGCAGUUUCAUCAAGUCCAACUUUGGAGCUUGAUAAGGCCUACUCAUUCAUGUUAAAUACGGAUGUUUUUAUUCUUCUUGCCUACAGGUAUACUGUGCACAGCAGCAGACCAGUGUCUGUUAUCCCCGUGUCAGAAUGGAGGUACAUGUGUGGACUAUAUGGGCAACUACACGUGUCUCUGCCCCAGAUGGCCAGUCCGCUACACGGGCAAGGAAUGUAGGGAGCUGUACGACCCCUGUGUCUACGAUGCCCCUUGCGCCAACUGUACCAGCACACUGGGCACAGGGGUCUACACCUGCCACUGCACUGACGGCUUUGCAGGGACCAACUGCACACUCAACAUCAACAGGUGUUUGAGCAACCCAUGUAAAGGGGGUGUCAGGUCCCACUGUGUGGACAGGGUGGACGGCUACACCUGCCACUGUCCCCCUGGCUAUGGAGGAGAACAGUGCCAGGAAAGGAUCAGGGACUGCUCUGAGGAGCCGUGCCACAACGAUGCCACCUGUGUUGGCACACCAGAUGGGUAUGAGUGCCAGUGCGGCCCGGGUUUCCAGGGGAGGGACUGUGAGGAGAACAUAGAUGACUGUAAGUCCCUCCCUUGUCAGAACGGAGCCAUCUGUAAAGACGGCGUCAACGGAUACCAGUGCUUCUGUGUGCCUGGUUUCCAAGGCUACCACUGCGACCUGGACAUUAACGAGUGUGCGUCGCGGCCAUGUGAGAACAACGGGACCUGUGUCAAUGAGGUGGACCACUAUGAGUGCAACUGUCUGCUAGGAUUCAAAGGUGAGACAGUCUCUGUUUAGGUCAGUGCAAUGUAUCCUGCUGUCUUUAGAGUGUGAGGGAACUACCCUUUCUCCAUAAUUCAGCGCCUUUAGUUAAGAGUUCACUACUAAACCAACCUCAUAUAGAAACUACAAACGUUUAAUACACCAUAUUCAUUGUUGCUUCCCUUAGACCUCAGAGCUCAGUUGUUUUCCUCAUGGUGAAACCCAUCAUAUGGAGCUGUGUCUGUGUUGUGUGUGGCAGGGGUGAACUGUGAAGUGGAGAUAGAUGACUGUGAGGAGCAGCCCUGCCAGAAUGGAGCCACCUGCCACGACCAUGUGGGCCUGUACACCUGUGAGUGUGUGUCCGGGUACGAGGGCCAUGAAUGUGAGCUGGACAUUGAUGAGUGUGCCAGCGGACCCUGUCUCAACGAGGGCAACUGUACAGACCUGGUGAACAGGUAAGGCGGCUCCUACUCUCUCUCCUCUUAUAGGCUGAAUCAGCUGCUUAACCCCAAUGUGUCGGUGAGCAGUAUGUCAGUCGAGGGAUUCCUUCCAGAGAGUAAAGUUUAACAGGGCAAGGAUAAGGAUUAAUCUGCUUAUUCGGAUGGUAAUUAAUCAUGAGGUUGGGAAGUUAGGAAAACCUGACAGAGCUUCAUCAGACCUGGGUUGUUAACCUUGAUAAUACAGAGAUACAUUAGAUUGAACCAAUUAGAUUUGUUAAUCAAUAAAUGCCAUAUAGGUGGUCUAAAGAGGUCUAGUGGUCUAAGCUGUUUCGAAUCUGGCCCACUGCUAUUUCAGCAUAAUCUGGAGUGGGAUUUCCCCACCAAAGAAACUUAAGGAAGGGUGGAAUUCCACUCUCUUAAAAAAAGAGCCUGUAGAUCAGAAAUCAUAUACUAGAUUAGAAACUUCACAGCUAAGGCUGUUUACCAUAUCUACUGGCUGUGCUGAGAUCCCACAGUGUUUUCAUACAUCAAAGCUGUCCCAGUUUCACUGAAAUAAGAUGGAUCAAAGUUGCCUCUGUAACUCUCCUCCUCAGCUAUGAGUGUGACUGCAUUGGGACAGGCUUCACAGGAGAGCAAUGUGAAGUGGACAUCCCAGAGUGUGCUUCUGACCCCUGCCAGAACGGAGCUACCUGCCUAGAGGGAAUCAACCAAUAUAGCUGUGCCUGCUGGCCAGGUACACACACCAAAUAUUCCGGCAGUGUACCCACUUCUCACCAAAUGAGGGAGUAGUAACAAUCAGCUGUCUGUCAUGUCUGCCAAGCUUUCGCUUCGCUACACUACAGGAAGUAUUACACACGCAGGGAUUAUUGGACAAGGCUAUUUGAUCUGCUAUCUGACACUAAAACAGAGAGUGAGUGGGAACAUCCUAAGUGUCAGGAGUGUGUUGAAAUGAAAAGCUCCAGGCGCCUCCAGGCAGCCUUUUACAGACAUUUCAAACCCUCUUCUUGGUAAGAUUGGGUUCUUGGAGUUUCCCAGACGUAAAUCAAAGAGAUAAAGGGUAAAAGGUAUGUAGUUUAGAGGACAAGAAGGGGGAGUGGUAUGAGACAUAGCGAAAUACCUAUAAUAGUCUAUAAUAGUGUAGUACUAACUGUGGUGUCAAUCCUCAAUGCCAUCUAGUGCAGAACUGGUGCAACUGCAGGGCCAUGAGCAAUAGGAAAACAAAGAUGAUCCUCAAUAAUAAAUCAUAAUAUGGGAGAACACAUUAUAUUGUUGUAUUUUGAUGCAUAAAGACAUGAUGAUAGGUACUGUAUGUGUGUAUUGAACAAGGUGGUACUGUGUGGUCCAGUUUUAAUAAUGGCUGUGUGCGUUGCAGGUUAUGAAGGGAAGAACUGCCAGGUGGAUAUAGAUGAGUGUGAGCUGGAGCCCUGUGAGAAUGGAGGAGAGUGUUUCCAGCGCUCAGAGCUGCUGCACUACGGGGUGCUGUCUGGACUGCAGGACAGGGAGUUCAACUAUGAGGAUGCAGCUGGGUUCCUCUGCCACUGUCAACCUGGGUUUGCUGGUAAGGCAAAACACUCAUUUUCAUACUUGGUGACCUCAUGAUCAUUGAAUCCUUUAAUAAUAAGAUCUGAUUGAAUAGGAAUCCAUUGAUAUUGUAAUCAAUGUUAAUUUGAGUUGAGGGUAAGUUAAUGAGUACGUAAGUAAUGUGUCCUGUCUCUUGCAGGAGAGAGCUGUGAGCUGAAUGUGAACGAGUGUGAGUCUGCCCCGUGUCAGAACGGAGGGAGCUGUGAGGACCUGGUUAACUCAUAUUGGUGUGUCUGUCUACCUGGAUUUACAGGUAAGACUGGCACUCUUUUUCACUAUGUAAUAAUACAGCUCUUUAUGUGCAAAGAAUCCCUGAGCUUCUCUUAAUAUCUAUCAGUUUAUAGAGAAAAUAAAUCUCCAGGGCUGGCUCUAGCCUUUGGGGGCCCUAGGUGCACAUUUUGUAAUGACUUAUGCCAUGUUAAUAUGAUGUCUGUGUGAGAAUGACAAACAAAAUCAAUGGGGGCCCCCUGGAGAUCAGGGCCCCUGGGCAUGUGCCCUGAGUGCCCGUUCGGUAUUUGGCCAUGAUUACUACAAGUUUAAAUAGCUAGCUAGACUAACUACCAAUCUAUUGCACAACCAAAAUUCGAAAUGAAACCUGGUGUAUUCUACUAUUCUUACUCUCAAUAGUAAGUUGAGACCCCGACUUUUUUUGGGUCGGGGACCCCCUAACGGCCAGGGGCCCUAAGCGACCGCUUAUUGCGCUUAUGCCUGGAACUGGCCCUGGAAAUCCCAUAGUGAUAGCUCUUUGGAUUCACUUGCUGAGCAGUGAGCAAAACAAUAAUUGGUUAAUCCUGCCCCUGCUGACCAUUCCUGCUGGAACUGGUCUGCUUGGGUAUUAGAUAGCUUUAAUACCACCAUCAGUCAAAACAGAGAUAAAACCACGCUGAAAGUUUGACCUUGAGUUUAGUACAAGUAAAGGUGGGCAGGAAAACCACCCAUGAAUAACUCUGAAUAACAGAGUUAUUAACUAUGAAUAACAACUGAAUAUGAAACAAAGUCUAUCUCCAGUUUCUUAGGUGACCUGCCGUGUACAGGGGCUUUGACAGGGCGGGUAUUUGUUUAUUAGGAUCCCCAUUAGCUUUUGCAGAAGCAUCAGCUACUCUUCCUGGGGUCCACCCAAAACGUAACAAAACAAAACACUGAUAGACAAGGAUAGUCACAAAUUGAAAAUACAACGAUACACAAACAAUACAACAAAAAAACUAUAUAAACAAUACAACUAAAAAAUGAUGUGAGUGUUAGAGUUUGUCUGUGUGUGCCCCCUCACUGUCCCCGCCAUUCCAUGAGAUGUUGUUUAAUCCGUUUUUGAAAGGUAAUUUUGCUGUUUGCUUGAGUAAUUGGAGAUGGAAGGGAGUUCCAUGCGAUCAUGGCUCUGAAUAAUACUGUGCGUUGCCGUGAAUUCAUUUUGGACUUGGGGACUGUGACGAGGGGAUUCCAAAUGGAGGGGCAUGGCAGUAGAAGAACAACAAAGCCCAUAAAACCUGCUGCCAUAUGUCAGUUGCACUGCCUGGGCAUUAAACAUAGGUCUUUAAUCAAGUAUACCAGGGGGAAGAGAGAUUAGCACAAAGCUGCUUAAGCCUUAUCAACUGCUAAUGAAUAAAAGCAGGCAUGAAAGACCCUCUCAUCCCAAAAACAAAACCUGUUACCAAUUAGUACAGAAUGCAUUGUGAUACUCCUAGCCCUAGGCUAUUUGCACUGUAAGCAUACUUCCAUAUAUUGUAACCAGGCAUCAGCAAAAUAGAGGGGACAUAACACACACGCGCACAACAAGAUAAUAUGACUGCAUAUUCUCUGUGAUUCCAUGAGUUUCCAUUGCACGUGCAGAUAUAGUACUCAGAAACCAUCUCCUGUGAUUAGAAUGCCGUCUGCCACUAGCGGGCAUCCAUAACAUAGACCAGGAGGGACUGCAGCCCAACAUUCCUGUUGUCAGCACUGACAGAAGCCAGCUGGGUGGGAGGCUUAGGGGAGGCUGCAUGCAGGCAUGAGGGAGGGAGAGAAGGAGGGUGGGCUAGGCUGGUGUAAUCACUUCUGCCUGCCUGGUACAGAGGGGAGUGUAUGGACUGUGUGUAUGUGUGUGUGUGUGUGUGUGUGUGUGUGUGUGUGUGUGUGUGUGUGUGUGUGUGUGUGUGUGUGUGUGUGUGUGUGAGUGAGACAGAGAGGGAGAGAAGGGGCACGAGUUGGAUCUCUUCUGUGGGAUCUGUUUAGCUAUAUGUGUGUGUUUACUGCUCUGGGAGAAUGAGGGGGCUACUGCUACUACUGCUGCUGGCUGUGUGGUGUGGGCCAUGGGGACAGACAGGUAAACACCUCAGACUUACAGUAGAGGAAGGGCUGCUAGGACAGGCUGUGUGUUUAUGUGGGGGAGGUAGAGGGCUGGAGGGGGGCGCAUGGAGCGAUGUUAUUGUUUUUACUUGUGCGGUGAGGAGUUUUAGUGGGUUUUGCUGAUGUGUAAACUUUCUGGGCUCAUGUCUUACUAAGUGUAUUAUAGUCCCAUUGAUUUACUAUAUAUACUGUAAAUAAUUUAGCAAUAUUCUUGACAGCAUUUGUUUUUUAAAUGUGAUUUUAAUGUAACUGGGCUCACAUCCGUACCAAUAUUUCAACUGUCAGAUCAAUUCAAUUAACGUCACAGUGAUUACUUUAAUUGUGUAAGGCUACCUGCAUCAGUAAUUUCAUCAUUAGUAAACUGUCAUAGUCUAAUCAAGUGCUUCCUGGAGAGUCUCAUGCGUGCCAGUGUACUUAGUUCCAUAUCUGAUUAACUCAUUUGGUUUGAUUAGGGAGACUCUGAUUAACUUAUUGGUUUGGUUCAGGAGACCCUUAUGCUGAAUCUCUCUGUGUGGCUGAGGGACAGCGCUGUCUGGCAGAGACCGACAUGACCAAAACCUUAAGCCAGAUACAUGUCAAACAUGAAGAACUAACGGUGUGUUAUGUUUUCGUUCCAGGUGUGCACUGCGAGGUAGACAUUGACGAGUGUGAGAGCGAGCCCUGUCAGAACGGAGGGUCCUGCCAGGACGGCGCCAACGCCUACACCUGCCACUGUGUGGAGGCAGAGCUAGGGGAGGAGCCAUGGGGCGGCCGUAACUGUGACGUCCGUCUGAUUGGCUGCAGGGAACACCUGUGUGAGAACGGAGCCACCUGUGUGCCUAUCCUAAGCCAAGAAGAGGAUGGUGAUGAGGACGGGGUUGAACAAGAGCAUGGCCACACCUGCCUUUGUCCCCCGGGCUUCACUGGGAAGCACUGCAACAUCCCCACCACCUUCUCCUUCAACACAGAGGGCUAUGUCCUCAUUCAGCUCCCUCCUAUAGCUAACAGGAGCAGGAGAGAGAUAGACCCCCACCACCAGGACCACCAUGGGCUCCACGUCCAGCUGCGCUUCAAGACAACUCUGCCUGACAUGCUGCUGUUCUACAUAGGGGCUGAGCACUACUUUGUGUCCCUGGAGAUCGUGGGGAGCCUCCUCAAGGCUAGAGCUAGAUCAGCGAAGGAGCUACAGGCCACCUACCAUCUCCCAGUCAACGACGGAGACUGGCAUGAGGCCAAAGUGACCAUGGAUGAGAAGCUGGUGCUGAUGGUCAAAGGACCAGGCUGUGACAAUGACGAGGGAUGCACUGUGGAGGACGAAGGACACAACCAACUGGUCUUCUUCCAACCUGGAUCCUUUCCAAAGGUCUAUGUGGGGGGGGCCCCCCAGAAGUAUCUGGACAACACAGACAGCAGGAAGGGUUUCAUUGGCUGCAUGGAGGAUCUACAUGUUGACCACCAGCGUGUUCUGCCCCAGGAUAUCUCUCCAGAGCACGUCCAAGACAUGGAGCUGGGCUGCAACAAGACUGACUGGUGUCAUCCUGACCCCUGCCAUCAUCGUGGGCAGUGUAUUGACCUGUGGACUAGCUUCAGCUGUGAGUGUGAUCGACCCUAUCAUGGCUCCCUGUGUGAAGAACGUAAGAACUGUUAUAUCUUUAAAAAAUUACUACAUUUUAGUUUUCAAAUAUUGUUUUUAUAAUUAUGUAAAAACUAUACAAUAAACUGUAAACACCAGGUGCUGACAAUAUACGAUCAUUUAAAGGGGCUUACUCAACUUACAACCAGUUUCCUUCAACUACACUGGUUUGUACAGGUUUUGUCAUUCCCACUGAAAGCGUUGCUUUUUGUUGCUUCCCUCAGAAUACCCCUCAUGGACAUUCAGUAAUGAAGAAACAGUGAGCUAUGCUGCCUUCAACAUCAACAAAACUGAUGCUGAGAACUUCAACAUCUCCUUCUUCCUGCGCUCUCUGAAGCCCAGCGGCCUGCUCUUCCAGCUGAGGAGAGGGAGGAGGGCCUACCUCACCCUGUACCUGCGGGAGGGAACCCUGGUCUUCAACAGCCCCCCCACCACUCUGUUCUCUAACGGUACCUACAUCACCAGCGGACAGAGGGAGCUGGUCGCUGUGGUGGUACACCAGGGUCAGGUAGGGUUCAGGCAGGCUGGUACACAGCUCUCCCUGGGGAGGGUGAGGAUGGAACGGGGGGAUGUGGUGUACAUCGGGGGUCUGCCUCCGGGGGAGUCCACUGCCCCCUGGGGAGGUCACUUCAAAGGCUGCCUGCAGGACAUCACUCUGGACCGCAUGCAGCUGUAUCCCAACCACACAAAGGAGGAGUGCCACACCCACGAAACGUACCAGUGCUACUUCCCAAACAAAGCUGAGAACGUGUUGGAUGGCUGUGUCAGUGAUGAGGCAUGCAAGGUACAGUAACGUCAAUGGCAACUUUAAUCUUUAGAGAUGUAUUACUGUAACUGCAGGAAGUGGGUGCAACUGUUCAAGGAAACUUGGUACAAGAGCUGGCUAGAUUUGUAAGGUUAGGGUCCUGACUACGACUUUUCAGUUCAGUCUUUGUAACAGACUAAUUUCUAUGUUCUCCUCAGACUGGUCCCUGUCAGAAUGGAGGAAUGUGCAUGGUCACCUGGAAUGACUUUGAGUGCACCUGUCCCAUGAACUUCUCUGGCAGGAGAUGUGAUACACGCGUGUGGUGUGUCAGCGACCCCUGUGUCAUGGGCAGCCAGUGUGUGGAUCUAGUUGACGGUUACGAGUGUAAGUGGACUUUUUUGAUUGUAUACAUUAUCUCUCUCCCUUUCUCUUUACUACAGUCUCACUCUCUUACUGUCUUUCAGCCAUAAACAUGCAAACAAAAUAACAAACACCAUGUAAUAUUGAAAGGUAUGACUGUACACUGAGUGUACAAAACAUUAAGAACACCUUCCUAAUAUGGAGUUGCACCCCCUUUUGCCCUCAGAACAGCUUCAAUUCGUCAGGGCAUGGACUCUACAAUGUGUCGAAAGCGUUCCACAGGGAUGCUGACUCCAAUGCUUCACACAGUUGUGUCAAGUUGGCUGGAUGUCCUUUGGGUGGUGGACCAUUCUUGAUACACAUGGGAAACUGUUGAGCGUGAAAAACCCAGCAGCGUUGCAGUUCUUGACACAAACCGGUGUGCCUGGCACCUACUACCAUCCCCAUUCAAAGGCAGUUAAAUCUUUUGUCUUUCCCAUUCACCCUCUGAAUGGCACACAUACACAAUCCAUGUCUCAAUUGUCUCAAGGCUUAAAAUCCUUCUUUAACCUGUCUCCUCCCCUUUGUCUACGCUGAUUGAAGUGGAUUUAACAAGUGACAUCAAUAAGGGAUCAUAGCUUUCAACUGGAUUCACCUGGUCAGUCUAUGUCAUGGAAAGAGCAGGUGUUCUUAAUGUUUUGUAUACUCAGUUUAUAUACGAUAUUUGUUUUAUUUUUUAUUUUUAUUUUUUUAAAUCUUUUUUUAAUAUUUUUUUUCGGGGGGAAUGGAUCAGCUUAAUAUUGCAGAUAGAUUGUAUCUUCUAUCAAUGUAAUUGUCUGCAUCACUUCCAAUGCAUCACUUCAGUUUAUAUACGAUAUUGCCUUACUGACACACUCCUCUUCCCCCAGGUCUCACUAACGCCACCUUUGAGAGCAAUGCUCUGCAGUUCACUGCUAACGGCUCGCUAGUCGCCUCGGUGACCAGUGUCUCCCUGGACAUACGUACGCGGAAGGAGAACGGCGUGCUGCUGCGGGCCACUAACGGAGCUGAGGUCUUCUGUCUGGGUCUGCUCAACUCCUCCCUGCUAGUCAAACUACUGAGCGGCAACAGCCUGGAGUUGCAGGCAUUCACCAGUGACCUGCCCAUCUCAGACGGGACCUGGCACCAUCUCCACCUGGCCAUGGCCGAACCCCUGCAACCUAUGUCCCGCUGGCGCCUCACUGUGGACGGGCGCAGGGUGGGCAGCACCAUGGGCACAGCCGGGAAUCUCAACUUCCUCAACGACACCACUGUGUGGCUGGCAGAGAACUACACGGGCUGUCUGGGGGAGGUGAGGGUGGGAGGAGUCUACCUACCCCUGGUGGACAACCAGGAUGCCCCCCAGGCAGCCCAGUUUAUCAGGCAGGUGGGGCAGGAGCCCAAGAUUGGAUGUAUUGGUGCCGAUUUGUGCCAGUCCCAGCCCUGCCUCAACCAGGGCUCCUGCCAGGACCUCUGGAACCUGUUAAACUGCAGCUGUGCCCCAGGCUGGGAGGGACAGUUCUGCCAGAGGGACACAGAUGAGUGUGCCACAGGCCCCUGUGCCCAUGGCACCUGCACAGACCUGCUGGCAGACUACCAGUGUGUGUGUCAAAAAGGCUGGGGAGGCAGAGACUGUGAUGAGGAGGUGGAUGACUGCCUGGAGAACAGCUGUUUGAAUGGGGGCUCCUGUCUGGACGGGAUGGGCACCUACCACUGCGUCUGCCUCCCUGGAUACAGCGGCCGCCGCUGUCAGUGAGUACCACAAACUAGUGCAUGCUCCUGACUGGAAAAAUCACAACACUGUGUGCGUGUGUUUAGUAUGUGUAGAAGUUAUUAUGUGUGUGUUCUAUAGGUGGAGAUUCCCUCCACAGCAAUGUGAUGAGGACACGCAGUGUGACAAUGGUGGAGUCUGCAUGGAUGGGAUCUGGGGUGCCAACUGCACCUGCAAGCCUGGAUACACUGGGGACUGGUGAGAUCACCAACCUAUUUCAAUUUUUCCAUAGACACUAAUAUUUUUGAGGACUAAAAACGACUAAAAAGCAUGCUCAAUGGACUAGGCUUAAAGGUAAACUGCCUCUUAGAACCAACUUUUCUGGUUUUAAACAGCCUAUGUGGCAUCGAUAUGAGUCAGAAUCAUUAAUUCUAGUGUCAAAAUUGACUACAAAGUGUAAAUUUUUGUCAUAAAGUCAGUCUCGUCCAAAUCUGAGUUUUGUAAGCGAGUUCGUCACAACUUACUGAAGGAUUGAGUAUGGAUAAUGAUCAUGCCCACUUGCCCAGUGCCCACUAACACGAGAGAAGCAGCUGUGCUGAUUGCGCUCUAGCAGCUGCGUUAGCUCUAUCCAAUCAUAGCAGCCAGAACUUCCAGACAGAGAAACAAGCUUUUUGUUUGCAAGGCAUGGUGAUUGAAGAUGGCUGCCGGUGCGGCCAUGAGGUGGUGGUAAGAUGGCGGACAGGAAAAAAAGAAGAAAAGUGGAACAUAUUAUAAGUAAAUAUGGAAUGGGGGAAUGCACAAGCCUUCUGGAAGAUCUGAUGAAGGAGAAGAUGGUGGACAGGAAAAACAUAAAAAGGAGAAAGGUGGAACAUGUUUUGAGUGACUAUGGAAUGGUGGAUCACACAGAACUUUUGGAAGAGCUACAGAAGGAAAUUGAACAUCAAAAGAGUCAGGAUUAAUUAACUGCGGUGGCAGGUGCGGUGAAGACCGCUGAGUUUGAGCCUCGUCCUGAUGAUGACAAAGAUGAUUCUGGCCCUGUGGGAGUGAGAUUCUUUGGAGAGAAUGGAUUCUUGCCUUCUGGCAGAUCCAUAUGUGGUGUCAGGUUGGGUGGAGAAGAGGUUAGGGACUGUUGAAUUGGUGAAAGUAACUUGAAGUGGACUCGUGAUUCUUUUUUGCGUUUCUUCUGUCCAGAAGGAGUAGGCGCUCCGGACCACGCGACUAGAGACAAGAGCUGUGACUUGCUUUGCUCUCCGGAGCAGGGCACCAUUGAAGGGAGUGAUAACAGGGGUGGUGUUAAGUGUGGAAGAGGAUAAACUGAAAUGGAAGAUUCCCGGUGUCUGUGACGCCUGCCAUUUGGUGUGACGCAGUGCCGGUGAAGAGUGUGGUGAAACGGAGAGGACACUGUAUUUCCUGCUGAGUUUUGAUGCAGAGUCUUUGCCCGACAAGGUCAAGUAAGGAUUAUCCCAUGAGAGAGUUUGUCCCGAACCCAUUACGGUGUUUUAGGUGCCAAUCUUAUGGUCAUGUUGCAGCAGUGUGUAGGAGGGAGAUUCCUAGAUGUGAGAAGUGUGCAGGUGGCCAUGAGACAAAGGAAUGUGUAGUAUCGUUGGAAAGAGUUGUGUGUGUUAGCUGUGGGGGUGCCCAUGGUGCUGGAGAUCGGAGGUGUCCGGUGAGAGAAAGGCAGGUUGAGGUUGCCAGGAUCAGAGUAGUACAGAAGGUGUUGUAUGCUGAGGCAGUGAAGAGAGUAGUAGAGGAAGAUGGGUACAGGGCGAGGGAUCCUGAGAGUAUUCCUGUGAGUAGGCAAAGACCAAUGGAGAGUGAUAGGAAUAAUAUGUGCUUCAGUAAGGUAGGUUUCUUAGCAUUCAUAGCCAUGGUUGUGGUGGCAGCUGCAGAGAAGUACUUGGGAUUGCGAGAUUUUACUGCAGAAGAGUUUUACUGUGAGAAUGCUGUUCAUUGACUACAGCUCAGUGUUCAACACCAUAGUGCCCAUAAAGCUCAUCACUAAGCUAAGGACCCUGGGACUAAACACCUCCCUCUGCAACUGGAUCCUGGACUUCCUGACGGGCCGCCCCCAGGUGAUAAGGGUAGGCAACAACACAUCUGCUACGCUGAUCCUCAACAAGGGGGCUCCUCAGGGGUGCUUGCUUAGUCCCCUCCUGUACUCCCUGUUUACCCAUGACUGCGUGGCCAAGCACGACUCCAACACCAUCAUUAAGUUUGCUGACGACACAAUGGUGGUUGGCCUGAUCACCGACAACGAUGAGACAGCCUAUAGGGAGGAGGUCAGAGACCUGGCAGUGUGGUGCCAGGACAACAACCUCUCCCUCAACGUGAGCAAGACAAAGGAGAUGAUCGUGGAUUACAGGAAAAGGAGGGCCGAACAUGCCCCCAUUCACAUCGACGGGGCUGUAGUGGAGCGUGUCGAGAGUUUCAAGUUCCUUGAUAUCCACAUCACCAACAAACUAUCAUGGUCCAAACACACCAAGAAAGUAAUGAAGAGGGAACGACAACGCCUUUUCCCCCUCAGGAGACUGAAAAGAUUUGGCAUGGGUCCCCAGAUCCUCAAAAAGUUAUACAGCUGCACCAUCGAGAGUAUCCUGACCGGUUGCAUCACCGCCUGGUAUGGCAACUGCUCGGCAUCUGACCGUAAGGUGCUACAGAGGGUAAUGCGUACAGCCCAGUACAUCACUGGGGCCAAGCUUCCGGCCAUCCAGGACCUAUAUACUAGGCGGUGUCAGAGGAAGGCCCAAAACAUUGUCAAAGACUCCAGUCACCCAAGUCAUAGAAUGUUCUCUCUGCUACCGCACGGCAAGCAGUACCGGAGCGCCAAGUCUCGGUCCAAAAGGCUCCUUAACAGCUUCUACCCCCAAGUCAUAAAACUGCUGAACAAUUAAUCAAAUGGCCACCCGGACUAUUUUCUUAACUCAAUUUUCUUAAAACUGCAUUGUUGGUUAAGGGCUUGUUGUAUUUGACACAUGUGACAAAUAAAAAUGGAUUUGAAUUGAUUUCAUACUAUUUAGCACUUACCGUUUAGCAGAAAGUAUGCAGUAUGCCAUGGCUGCAACGCAGUAGCGCCUCCUGACUGGCUGAGGUGGGCGGGGCUGAGUCCGGGUAGAUUUUUUCAAAUUCAACAUACAUGCAUCGCAUUAACCAGCCUGAUAAUAGCUCAUUUCCAAGUAAAUUAAUUUCUCUAAACUCUGAAUAAAAUAGGAAUGGAGUUAUAGGCCUACUCAGGCUGGUUAUAGGCAGCCUAUCACGUUCAACCUAUACCGUAGCCCAUCUAUCCUAUUAAAAAGGACUAAAGACAGAAACAGAUAAUUUGGUUCCAUUUCAACAUAUUUAUUAGUGAAACCAAAGUGCUGUAACAUACAAUAUAUAAAUGAAAUCAAAUAGCCUAGUACACACACCAAAACCUUUAGAAUAUUCAAAUCAAAAGGCUAUUGCACAGAAAAACGUGGACAGUCGUGUGCAUCGCAAAGUCAGAACCGCUGGACAGCAACAUCAUAAACUAAAGCACUGAUCAUUGGGAACGAGAUCAGAAUGACUGCUUAGGCUUGAUCCAAAAAAAUAGGUAGCCUACAAAACUAAAACAAUCCAUAUGUUCAAAUCAAAAGGCCUAAAUAACAUGACAUCAAUAAAGCAGCCACAUCCUGAGUCCCCGGUGCCGACACAUUCAGAAAUUAAAAGAUGUUUGAGUAUUUAGUUUAAAAGCUCUGACGAAGGCCAAGAGAACGAGAAACACUUUUCAAUGAGAAAACAGAAAUCCACUUUGGGUAAAAGUCAAGAUCAUUUUAAGGAGAACAAAACUACUUAGCCUACAUUUGAACAGCACUGCAGAAGCUUCACUAUUCUGCAUCUUCCCAAUUAAGUAGCCUAGUUUUGUAGUUUGGUUACUUGAAGAGAACUAGGGCCUAUCACUCGCAGCCCAUCUCUUCCAAUGCAUUGUGGAAAAGUGUGCAUCGAAUUCUACUAGAUGAAGAGACUAAAUUAGUAUAACCUCCUGGCAUUUAAAGCAUACUCGAUUUUCGAAAAUUCACACACUAUAAAACAUUAUAUUUUCGCAUACUGAGAUUGCAUUGUUUCCCACUACUGGUUGAUUUCGGUAGCGCAUCCCCAUAUCUAACUGAUCAGCUGUUGUCAAAGCCAAAAUGAGUAUGACAUCCGGGCUUUUAAAAUAUACUAAAAAAAAAUUAUGUGGCAUAUUAUUAAACAAAAAAAAUUCGCAUAUUCAAACGGCCUACUAUUUAGGACCCAAGUGUGAGUAUUUGGACAGAGUUGGAACUUAGCUAGCUAGCAAGUGAUUUUGGGCACUGACAAACAACGUAAAAUUGUGUGACUAAGACCUCCUCCCACAUCAAACCACACCCCCAAGACAACUCUCGUUUGGCUUCAGUCAUGGCCGCUAGCAUUUCUUAAUGAGCAAUCUUCAAAACAAGGCCAAAAUAGGAUGUGCAGUCACCCUUUAACCUGUGUCCGGUAAACCAGCCCUAUAUGUCUACAGUUAAAAUGCUGUCUAUGUCAGUGGGUGGACAGUGUAAGGUUCCUAUUGUAAGUACAGAGAGCUGUGGUCCUGCUGGUGUGUCAAUGUUGUGUUGAACCCCUGAUGUUCUCUCCCAGGUGUGAGGCAGAGAUAGAUGAGUGUGAGUCCAGACCCUGUCUCAACGGUGCUACCUGCCUGGACCGACUCAACAGCUUCCAGUGUGUGUGUGUGCCGGGCUUCAGUGGCACACAGUGUGAAAGUAAUGUAGGUGACCACAUACUGUAUCUCCCCAUAUCACACUCAGUAACUAACAGUCUGCAUGUAACCAGUACAUAGUGUAGGUGUAUAUAUUACAGUAGUCUAGUAUGCAAUGCUAAUGUAUGUUGAGUAUCAAAAACUUAUACACAGACCAGAUUGGAUCAAAAGAGCUGAUGUAUUUAAACUAUUUAAACUGUAGUUCCUUUAAUCUCAGUUUGAGUGAGAAGUAAGUUAGGCCUGUUGUCCUGCUCUGUCCCCUCUGUAGAGACAGGAGCAGAGGGAACGUGUGCCCUGGCUAGUGGUGGCCAUCCCUCUGGCCAGCCUGUGUGUGCUGCUGGCCGUGGUGGCCCUGGUCUUCAUGGUGCUGACCACCCGCAAAAAGCGCCAGUCAGAGGGCACCUACAGUCCCAGUGCCCAGGAGGUGGCAGGGGCACGGCUGGAGAUGGGCAGCGUGCUCAAAGUGCCCCCUGAGGAGAGGCUCAUAUGAGCCAUACACACAACAGAAACACACACUUCCUUCGCUUGACUGCAUACACCUACACUCCCUGGCUCAGACACACAAACAGACAGGCGAGGACUGGUCAGACUCAUUAAGAGGUGUCCAAGGGGCAAAAGGCCACCAGUGGUGUGGAUAUAUGCCCUCACAGUGGUGCCCCCACUGCUGCUGCUGGAUCAUGGUGGUGGGGGUGGUUAAACCCAGAGCUCAUCCCUCUAUGGAAAGAAGUGACGUGGUCUGUCAGAGCCUCAGAAACAGGCAGGAUAGCGGCUGAAAGAGCCGGUCUUCUUCCCAAGACUCGAGCACUGCUGUCGGGUUGAGUGUCAUCAGCUAAUCCCCUCUCUGGAGUGAUGAACCAUACUGGAUUCCAGUGUCUUUCUAUACAAUACCUACAGUACCUGUGAACAUUCUGUACCCCACAUUGAUUAUGCGUGAGUUCACACUAAUGACGACAUUGUAUUUUUUCUCGGGAUGUGCGCUAUAUAAGUUAACAGGCUAUACCAACUAUGUUCUUUCUGACUGUGUAAAUAAUGAUCUUAUUUCUACAUCUUUUAUGUGUUUUUGUUCAUGUCACUGUCUUAUGCAAAUGUAUGAGGUGCUCCUAAAACUCCUAGAAAGUGGAUUGAGACCAUGUUAAUGUUAUCAGCUAUCUUAAACUCUGAUGCCACAGUCUUCAGACAGGUUACAUUUACCCAAACCUACACUCCUGUCUCUUACUCUAUGCUCACCAGUGCCACUAACUUAACCAGCCAAGUGAUCAAUGGACGUUUUCGCUGUCCACCAAAGGUGCUGAAGCUAGAUAUUGUGCUGUAGUUAUUUUCUGUAACUAUGGAUGUUGUACCACAUUUAUACUGUAACUGAGCUAAUUUCUAUCAAAUUAGCUUGAUAUUAAGUUUAUGCAAGACCCUACUAAACACAAAUCAUUGAAAGAUAACUAUUUGUUAUGAAUUGACUUCCAAAUUACUUUAUGAAUUAGUUGUUUGUAUGUGCCUUCCUAACAGAAUGAAUGGAAUGCUGACAAACCCAACAUUUUACUCCUGUAUAUUGUAUCUAUAUGUUGGAUGGAGCCAUGUAUUGUCUCAAAGGGAAACGCACUGUGAUGAUUGUAUUGAUAUGACAGACAGAUAGACAGAGCAUGCUGCCUGUUCCAGCUCUGUUGGGCCUCCUCCUCUUAUUCCUGCUGGGCUGGAUGAUAUUAUACUGGGAGACAUGGUACUGUGUAUACACUGACGUCAGCUCUGCUCCAGUGCUGGAUUUCACAGAAUACAUUCCAGUGUUGGGUUCAAUUCAGUUUUCAAUAAAGUCAAUUCAGGAAGUGAACAUAGCCCAUUGCUUUCUAUGGGGAAUUGUCAAUUGAAAACUGAUUUGACCCCAAUCCUGGUACACCCUGGAUUAAUCUACAACAGGGGAUAGAGUGGACUGAUCUGUAUUUCAGCACUGAACAGUAUGGUAGGAGCUUACACUGGACGCAUCUCUACUCAAGCAGUACCAUGUACAGUGUACUCAACAGUAUGGGAUGCUGGGUAGGCUACACUGGUAUGUACAAGGAGUAUUCUGUGAUUCUGUAAAAUGUGAUUGGAUAGCAACACUGUAACAUUAUGUAAUUGUAUAUAAUGUGAUUUAUUCAAAACUCAAAAGUUUCUACUGGAUUUCAACAGUUAAACUGCUGCAAAAGAGCUCAUAUAAAAUAAGGAUAAUUAAAAAACAAGUAAUGG